UGCUGGGGCGGCGGCGGCGGCGGUUGCGGCUGUCGCGGAGCGCGGGCGGUGCGCGGCUCUGCCCGGGCUCGCAGGGCGGAUAGAGCGGGGCCGGCGCGGCGGAGCGGGGCCGCCAUGGGCUCCCAGGUGCUGCAGAUCCUGCGCCAGGGCGUGUGGGCGGCGCUGAGCGGCGGCUGGUACCAGGACCCGCACCAGGGCGCGGGGGUCAACGCGCUGCACCUCUACCUGUGGCUCUUCCUGCUCGGCUUCCCCUUCACCCUGUACAUGGCUCUUCCUUCUUCCAUGAUGAUAGUAGCUGUCUACUGCCCAGUGAUAGCAGCUCUCUUUAUCGUUUUGAAGAUGGUGAAUUACCGUUUGCACAGGGCGCUGGAUGAGGGAGAAAUUGUGGAGAGGAAUGCCAAUGAGCAUAUGGACAGAGGUGCAAAAACAGAACAAAGCAUUGUUUCAGCCAAGAGGAAAGACAGCAAUGGGCCCAGUGACCCUGGUGGAGGGAUUGAGAUGUCAGAGUUCAUACGAGAAGCAACUCCCCCUGUUGGCUGUAGUUCACGAAAUUCUUAUGCUGGGAUAGAUCCAAACAACCAGGUUGGAUCUGGGUUAUCUCGUCUGGGAACAGCAGCAACCAUCAAAGGUGAUACUGACACUGCCAAGACCUCUGAUGAUAUCAGUUUAAGUCUUGGCCAGAGUUCUAGCCUAUGUAAAGAAGGGAGUGAAGAACAAGAUUUGGCAACUGAUCGGAAGCUUUUUCGUCUGGUGUCGAACGACUCAUUUGUCUCCAUCCAACCAUCAUUGUCCUCUGGACAGGAUUUGCAAAGGGACAGCGGUGACAAAGUGUGCCUCUCGAACAACCAGCUUGUGGACCAGUCUAAAAACAGUGCAUGUGACACAGAAGUAGCUUCACUGGUAACUCUGCAUUCUCACUCCUAUAGGAAGGAUCAUAGACCUCGAGGUGUACCAAGGACUUCUAGCUCUGCUGUUGCUUUUCCAGAUGCUUCACUAAAUGACUUCCCCCUCUAUCAGCAAAAACGAGGACUAGAUCCUGUCAGUGAGUUAGAAGCUUCCAAGCCCCCUUCUGGAUCCCGAGAGUCUUUGGGUGAGAACUCUUGCAUUUCAGGAGUUUUUCAGUUAGAUGACAUUCUGAAAAGUAGCAGCCCUCAACCAUUGACUAAGAGUGGGAAGAGCAAAUCCUUGAAAGCAGACAAAAGUAUGGACAGUCUGAGAAGCCUGAGUACUAGAAGCAGUGGUUCAACGGAAAGCUACUGCAGCGGGACUGAUCGUGACACCAACAGUACCAUCAGUAGCUAUAAAAGUGAACAUACUAGCUCAACGCAUAUAGAAAGUGUAUUGUCAGAGCAUGAGGAGGAGUCUCCAAGAGAAGAGAAAAAGGAUGGUAAGAAAAAAGACUGUGGUGUCGACUCAGAGGAUGACAGUAGUUCUACUACUGACAAAAGGACUAGUAGCGAAAGGACUGCUGUGGAAGUGAGUCCUCUGGGUGGUGUUCAAGAGGUAAAGGGUUCUAAUGCAUCUGAUGAGAUGCACAGCCAGAAAGGUCUUGGUGCCUCUGCUUCAGAAGAGGCCAAUAAGAACCCACAUGCCAAUGAAUUGACUACACAAGCUGACAGGCCGCAUGGGAAGCCUGCUGAACAAAGAGAUGAGCAGAGUGAGAAACUAGCUGUGUUAGUAGAUUCAAGAGCUGCUAAAGAAACUAGUGGAAAACAAAAAGAAGGAGAUGUUCGACCAAAAUCUUCUAGUUUAAUACAUCGAACAGCCUCUACCCACAAGUCCAGCCGGAGAAGGACAGGAAAAAAGCGGGCUAGUAGUUUUGAUUCAAGUCGGCACAGGGAAUAUGUUUCCUUCCGAGGUGUAUCUGGUACUAAACCUCACAGUGCUGUGUUUUGUCAUGAUGAGGACUCCAGUGAUCAAAGUGACUUGAGCAGGACAUCAAGCAUGCAGUCAGCUCACCAGUUCAGCAGUGAUAGCUCUUCCAGCACCACCUCCCAUUCAUGCCAGUCUCCUGAGGGAAAAUACAGUGCUUUAAAGACCAAAUAUGUUUCUAAAGACCGUGGGGGCACAGACUCUGAAAAUGCUCACAAAACCCACGUAAGCUCUGAAGGAAUUAGCAAAAAAAGAUCUACACGACGGACUUCUAGCACAAACAGUGCCAAGAAUCGUGCCAGAGUAUUAAGCCUGGACAGUGGUACUGUAGCUUGUUUAAAUGACCCAAAUAGUUUAAUGGCACCAGGUAACAUAAAACAGUUAACCACUUCAAAAUCUGAUUUGGAAGCCAAAGAAGGAGAGGUGCUAGAUGAGCUAUCUCUGUUGGGAAGGGCUUCACACUUAGAGUCAGUCACUCGUUCUAGGAAUAGCUUACCAAGCCAGGCUACAUUUCCUGAAGGGGAAGAGCAAGAAUCAGCAAGUGGAGCAGCACAAGCCAGCGAGGAGACUGUCACAUUUCGCCGUGAACGCAGCACAUUUAGGCGUCAGGCAGUACGACGCCGGCACAAUGCAGGGAGUAACCCUACCCCUCCUACAUUGCUCAUCGGAUCACCCCUCAGCCUUCAAGAUGGUCAGCAAGGCCAGCAGUGCUCCUCCCAGGUCAGAGUGCAGUCCUGCCCCCCUUCCCAGGCAGCUGUGCCCGGCGCUAGCGCCUCCUUGCUGGUGAGAAAUGGGAGUGUCCACUUAGAAGCAUCACAUGCCACUGCAUCUGCUGUAGGCGGUAGCAGUUUGCACGAUGAACUUGGUAAGUUCAGUUCUACACUCUACGAGACAGGGGGCUGCGACAUGUCGCUUGUGAACUUUGAGCCAGCUGCAAGAAGAGCAUCCAACAUCUGUGACACGGACUCUCACGUAUCGAGUUCUACCUCAGUUCGCUUUUAUCCACAUGAUCUACUUUCUCUUCCCCAGAUCAGGUUGAACAGGCUGCUAACAAUGGAUACAGAUCUGUUGGAGCAGCAAGAUAUUGACCUGAGCCCUGACCUUCAGGACCACAUGCAGCCUCAAGAGGAAGCAGCUCAAAAAGUCAAGCAGUACUAUCGCUUUUGGAUCUUGCCUAAACUUUGGAUUAGCAUCAAUUUUGAUAGAUUAACUCUUCUGGCUUUAUUUGAUAGGAAUCGUGAGAUCCUUGAAAAUGUAUUAGCUGUCAUCCUAGCUAUUCUAGUUGCAUUUCUGGGCUCUGUACUUCUUAUAGAGGGCUUUUUCAAGGAUAUUUGGGUCUUCCAGUUCUGCCUGGUAAUAGCCAGUUGCCAGUAUUCACUGUUGAAGAGCGUUCAGCCAGAUUCUUCUUCCCCCCGACAUGGUCACAAUCGUAUCAUAGCCUAUAGUAGGCCUGUAUAUUUCUGUUUGUGUUGUGGUCUGAUUUGGCUGUUGGAUUAUGGCAGCAGAAACAUAUCUACAACAAGAUUCAGGUUGUACGGAAUGGCUUUCACCAACCCAUUGCUGCUGCUGUCAGCCAGGGACUUAGUUAUAGUGUUUACACUAUGUUUCCCUAUAGUAUUCUUCAUUGGUCUCCUGCCUCAGGUGAAUACAUUUGUGAUGUAUCUUUGUGAACAGCUGGACAUUCAUGUCUUUGGUGGCAAUGCUACCACAAGCCUGCUUGCAGCACUUUACAGUUUUAUCUGUAGUAUUGUGGCAGUAGCAUUGUUGUAUGGACUGUGCUAUGGUGCCCUGAAGGAUUCCUGGGAUGGGCAGCAUAUUCCAGUUCUCUUCUCCAUAUUUUGUGGUUUGUUAGUGGCAAUAUCGUAUCAUCUCAGCAGACAAAGCAGUGACCCUUCUGUACUUUUCUCUUUAGUGCAAUCAAAAUUUUUUCCUAAUUCUGAAGACAAAAACCCUGAGGAUCCUCUGUCUGAAGUAAAAGAUCCUUUACCUGAGAAGCUUAGAAAUUCUGUGAGUGAACGAUUGCAGUCUGACCUGAUCGUGUGUAUAGUCAUUGGUGUCCUCUAUUUUGCAAUUCAUGUCAGUACAGUAUUUACAGUUUUACAGCCUAUUUUAAGUUAUGUUCUCUAUGCAUUGGUGGGUACGGUGGGCUUUGUGACCCAUUAUGUUCUGCCUCAACUCCGAAAGCAGCUUCCUUGGCAUUGCUUUUCUCACCCGCUGCUGAAAACCAAGGAAUACCAUCAGUUUGAAGUCCGGAAUGCUGCACAUGUUAUGUGGUUUGAGAAACUUCACAUUUGGCUCCUUUUUGUAGAGAAGAAUGUUAUCUAUCCACUGAUAGUCCUCAAUGAGCUUAGUAGCAGCGCUAAGAAUAUUGCUAGUCCAAAGAAACUGGAUACUGAGUUGGGUGCUUUAAUGAUCACAAUAGCUGGCUUGAAGUUACUGCGUUCAUCAUUCAGUAGCCCAACGUGCCAGUAUGUCACUGUUAUUUUCACAGUGCUCUUCUUUACUUUUGAUUACAAAAGUUUUACUGAGACCAUGCUGCUAGAUCUCUUCUUCAUGUCCAUACUCUUCAGCAAGCUUUGGGAACUCUUUUAUAAAUUGAGAUUUGUAUAUACCUACAUUGCUCCCUGGCAGAUCACAUGGGGGUCUGCCUUCCAUGCUUUUGCCCAGCCCUUUGCUGUGCCACAUUCUGCCAUGUUGUUUGUCCAAGCAGUAGUGUCAGCUUUCUUCUCUACUCCACUGAAUCCUUUUCUGGGAAGUGCAAUAUUCAUCACUUCAUAUGCCAGGCCUGUCAAAUUCUGGGAAAGAGACUACAACACGAAACGUGUGGAUCAUUCAAAUACUAGACUGGCUUCACAGCUGGAUCGGAAUCCAGGUUCAGAUGAUAACAAUCUGAAUUCUAUCUUCUAUGAGCAUUUAACCCGUUCCCUUCAGCACAGCUUAUGUGGAGACUUGUUGCUGGGUCGCUGGGGAAACUACAGUACUGGCGAUUGCUUCAUCCUAGCCUCUGACUACCUCAAUGCACUAGUACACCUUAUAGAGAUAGGAAAUGGCUUGGUCACCUUCCAGCUGAGGGGGCUUGAGUUCAGAGGAACUUACUGUCAGCAACGAGAAGUAGAGGCCAUCACUGAAGGUGUAGAGGAAGAUGAAGGUUUUUGUUGCUGUGAACCAGGCCACCUUCCUCACAUGCUUUCCUUUAAUGCUGCCUUUGGGCAGCGUUGGCUGGCUUGGGAAGUGCUUGUAACAAAGUAUGUUCUGGAGGGUUACAGCAUCACUGACAACAGUGCAGCUUCCAUGCUUCAAGUCUUUGAUCUCCGGAAAAUUCUCACCACUUACUAUGUGAAGGGAAUCAUCUAUUAUGUCACAACAUCCCCCAAGCUAGAGGAAUGGUUAGCUAACGAGACAAUGCAGGAGGGACUGCGGCUGUGCACAGACCGCAAUUAUGUGGAUGUAGACCCAACAUUUAACCCCAAUAUUGAUGAGGAUUAUGACCACCGUCUGGCAGGGAUCUCACGAGAGAGCUUCUGUAUGAUAUAUUUGAACUGGAUAGAAUAUUGCUGCUCUCGAAGAGAAAAGCCACUGGAUUCAAGUAAAGACUCACCCCUAGUGACAUUGUGUUAUGGACUGUGUGUUCUGGGGCGGAGAGCAUUGGGAACAGCUUCACAUCAUAUGUCUAGUAACCUGGAAUCCUUCUUGUAUGGCCUGCAUGCCCUAUUUAAGGGUGACUUCCGUAUAUCUUCAAUUAGAGAUGAAUGGAUCUUUGCUGACAUGGAAUUGCUGAGGAAAGUAGUGGUCCCUGGAAUACGGAUGUCACUGAAACUACAUCAAGAUCACUUCACUUCUCCAGAUGAAUAUGAUGAUCCUUCUGUCCUUUAUGAAGCUAUAACAACUCAUGAAGAAAAUCUAGUUAUAGCACAUGAAGGGGACCCUGCUUGGCGAAGUGCAGUUCUUUCCAAUUCUCCGUCCCUUCUUGCUCUGCGCCACGUAAUGGAUGAUGGCACCAAUGAAUAUAAAAUCAUUAUGCUCAAUAAGCGCUAUCUCAGUUUCAGGGUCAUUAAGGUCAAUAAGGAGUGUGUACGUGGCCUGUGGGCAGGACAACAGCAGGAGCUUGUCUUCCUGCGUAAUCGUAAUCCCGAAAGAGGAAGUAUCCAAAAUGCUAAACAAGCUCUGAGGAACAUGAUCAACUCUUCUUGUGACCAGCCAAUUGGAUACCCAAUCUAUGUCUCACCUUUGACUACUUCCUAUUCAGAUAGUCAUGAACAGCUAAAGGACAUUCUUGGGGGAGCCAUCAGCUUAGGAAACAUCAGAAACUUCAUCGUGUCUACAUGGCACAGACUAAGGAAAGGCUGUGGAGCUGGCUGCAAUAGUGGUGGAAAUAUUGAAGAUUCAGAUGCUGGAGGUGGAGCUUCUUGCACAAGUAACAAUGCUACUAUCAAUGAGUCACAGAGCAGCAUGUCACAAGGAGGAGGGAAUGCAACUACAGGGCAGGGACCUGGAGCAGUACAGCAUCCUCCUGUUGCAUCUCAUCCCACAACUUUUCCUGCAGCUCAUCCACCAACUCAUCUCUCCACUCUGGGCACCAGUCACAGCUCUCACUCUGUGCAGUCCAGCCUUGUCAGACAUUCCCCUGCCCGUGCCUCAGUAGCAAGCCAUUCAUCCUACUGCUACGGCAGCCGUCAUUCAUCUCUUCGCACAUCCACAACAGGCUUUGUGCCUUGCCGGCGCUCUUCCACCAGUCAGAUAUCCCUUCGUAACCUCCCAUCAUCCAUCCAGUCCCGCCUAUCUAUGGUGAACCAAAUGGAACCUACUGGCCAGACUGGGGUCAGCGUGCAGCAUGGACUGCCCUCUUCUAGCAGCUCCAGCCAAAGCAUCCCAGCCUGUAAACAGCAUGCCCUUGUGGGCUUUCUAGGGACAGAAGGAGGGAGUAAUGCAGCUGAAACUCAGUCAGGUGGCAGUGCAAGCCCUGCAAACCAAAUGCAAGCCAAAAAGGAUGACGUUAUUUACAGAAUCCAGGAAGAAUUUUUCAGGAGUUUUCUCUUGCUUGCCCUGUGGAAAGUCCAGUUUACUUCAAAACACGGGCUAAUGGAUCCCAGUCAAGUACUGGAAGGGAUCAACGUGUCAAAAAGGAAAGAGCUGCAGUGGCCAGAUGAGGUGAUACGGCUAAAAGCUGGAAGAAACAGCUGGAAAGACUGGAGUCCUCAGGAAGGCAUGGAAGGCCAUGUGAUUCACCGCUGGGUGCCUUGCAGCAGAGAUCCAAGUAGUCGGUCGCAUAUAGAUAAAACCAUCCUGCUGGUUCAAAUUGAAGAUAAAUAUGUUGCUGUUGUUGAAACUGGAGUCCUUGAACUUGGGGCUGAAGUGUAAAUCUCUUUGAGACUGAAACUUCCCCUUCUCCAAUGAUUCAGAAGAGAGAAGGGUCCAGAAGAAGCAGCUCCCAGGACACAAAACUUUGGUCCGGUUGUAGGAAAGGACUUGAAACACAGAUUUGUCUAAGUCCCUUUCCCAAAUAAACAAGUGUAAGAAAUUUUUUUAAGUUGUUAGCUGCUGAAGAAACACUUGCAUGAAGGAUAGAUUUGUUGAGACAUAUCUUUUGUUUAUAAAUUUUGUUAUGCAUUGCGUAAUGCUUUAAAUCAACAAACUUUUCAGUUCUAAGAUCAGAGCACCUCAUAUUUUUCUAAUUGUUUUGCCAAAAAUUGCCAUGUCUUGUCACAGAGUGCGUGGAAUUCAUCCACCUUAUUUUAAUGAAAUUGACUACAAACCUUCCGUUUGGUGAAACAGUGUAAGGGUUUCAGGUGUGGCAAGAAGAGACUGAACAGAUGUAUAGAUUCUUAUUCCUUAUGAGCUAAACAUUAAUGAGAACUGCACUAAUUUUUUACAGCAAUGCACUAAAAACAACCCUGAGAUUGCUGAGAACAUUUAUUUAUAUAUAUAAAUAUAAGUAUAUAAAAUACCAUUAUUUAAAUUGCCUUUGGGAUUAAUCCCCUCCCUCUCCAUAUACAUGUUGAUGGUAAGGGCUGUGCCAUGGGUUUGGUUCUAUGUUCUGUAUUUCGUACAAGUGCAUUUGCUGCAUCCUCUUCACAAUAAAUGGUAAAAUAACAAAUGUGUAGAAAAGCACCUGAGUAUCCCUGUACUGCAUCAGACUUUAUUGUGGUGGCAGUGGUACCUCAAGCCUGUACAACACAUCUAGCUUUAAAGUGGGCCUCAAUAUGACUUUCCAUCUGUCUUCCCUUCACUAGCCAUGGCUACUUUGCUUCUUUACACCCAGAGCUGGCUGUGUUGUUUCAUUGGCUCUUUGGCAAACACAGUAGUUUUAGUUUUGUAGUGGGAGGUGCAGGUCCAUGAUUACUUCACAGAUGCUUGAAGGUUUUUUUUUUAUUCUAUCCACUUUAAAAAGAAAAAACAGUAACAACUCUCCAAACAAAACAAAAAAAGAACCCAGCAAAACUUGAUUUCUGCUUUCAAUGAUCUUUUAUAGAAGGCACAGCCCUAAACUUGUAUCACUUUUACCACCUUGCCUUUUCUUUCCCUUUAGUCUUCAUUCUUUUCUAUGACUUGAAUUUUAUUUUCUGUGAUUAUAUAUUCUAUGUAAGUGUAAUUUGAGUAUUUAUAACUGUGAAGUUGAAUUAUUCAUGUGUUACAUAUCCUAGGUUUUAUUGUAUUUUUUAAAAGUGUGUAUUCAGGGAAACAAGUAACUCAGAACUAUCAUGGGAGUGUGAGAGGGAAACUGGUUUGUUCUUGACUUGCAGUUCCUAUGACUCACUUUUCUUAAUCCGUAAGAAAGAAAUGUACCUGUUGUGAUUGUUUCCUGUUUCUGACCUGUAAUUAUAUAGGACUCUGUGGGGAAUUUGCAUACAAGUUCUAGCUUUUGGGAGCAGCCAUCUUCUUCCCAGUCACCUCCACUUCUUUAUAUGUGUUGUAAUUAGAUGAGACUUCUGAUAUACCACAGAGGUUAUUAUAAUUAAUUCUCUGACAUCAGAGAAACAUUGUCCAUUAUGUAACUAAUGUAAGAAUGAAAUUACAUGGGUUAAGAAAAAAGGAAGAAACAGCUACCUAAGAAACACUGGUUUUCCAGCUCAAGUCACUGUGUGCCAUCUGGCCAUGAAAGGGUAAGUCUGUGUGUCUGGUAGCUACUCAAUUCCAGUUACCUUUCCCAGUGAAUGAUACUGGGACCUUGCUUGCAUCAUAGACUAUGCAAACUUGUCCUUGAAAUGCUGUGCAUCUUAAAGUUGCAUAUUACUAUUCACUUUAUUCAUACACAGUCCCAUUUAAUCAUGGUAUAAAUGCACAGAUCUGCCACCCUUGAAACUAUGUGGAACAGCAAAAUUAUUUAUCACAUGUAUCACAUUAUAGGGUAGUUGAAUUAAUCUCCUGCAUAUAUGAAAAUGUAGUACAGAAAACAAAACUUCUGUAGUGGUCUGGUAAUGCUGCUAUCAGGAAUGAAGAAAAUGUGUAAGUUUUGAACUGAAGGCCUUUUAGUGAAGGUUUUAUUCUAUGUCCUCCCUUCAGGUAAAUACUUUUAAUUAAUUAAUACCUUUAAUUAAUUAACCUUCCAGGUUUUCUGUUAUCACUAGGAACAUUGCUUCAUUUAAAAGGGAGAAGUUUGUUUGAAAAUAAGCCCCUAUUUGAUAUCAUUUGCACAGGGUUGGGUUUUUUUCCCUUGGACUGAAGCCUUGAGGUAAACAAAUUACUGAAAACCAAAAUAAAUUUUUGCUUUGUUUUUUUUUAAAGCUGACUGAAACAACUUUCAGUAUGUUAACCCUGACUGAACAAUCUCUUGCUCUCUUUGGGGCAAGGUAAGGACAAUGUCCAUUGCUGGUAAAAGAUGUGAUAGGAAUUAAUGGCUUGUUAAUGUGGAAAUUUUAGCGCAUAUGUGUAUCUGCCUGGAAUUACAUUGACAAACAGCAGAUAGGGAAAGAGAGAGACUUUUUUUAAGGGCAAAGAGAAUUAAUGAAUAUUUCUAUUUUUUAUAAAACAUAAGGCUUUUGGUAUGCUGACUUCAGGAGAUGAAUUUUAAUGUGCAGAGCUAACAGGUUAACACUUCCUUUCAGGUACUUGUCUAACAUCUGUUGUGAAGCCGUUCACAUAGCGCUCAUAUGUAUUCAGAUCUGCUCAACAGAAGCCACCUAGUUGAAAUUUCACUCUUCCAUAAGGCUUUGGAAAUGUAACUCUAAAGUUAAUUCCUGGACUCAUUAAGAUUCAUAUGAUUGUAUGUUGGUUUGUACAGAGUUUAUCUUUGGUUUCUACUGUGCAAGUGACAGAAAUGUUUUUCUUCUGACUCAGAAUCACACAGAAUUAACUAGGUUGAAAAAGACCUUUGAGGUCACAGAGUCCAACCUAUGACCGAACUAACCACCUUGCCAACUACUGGACCAUGGUACAAAGUGCCACAUCCAGUCUUUUCUUAAAUGCCUCCAGGGGUGGUGACUCAACCACUUCCCUGGGCAGCCCAUUCCAAUGCCCAGUCACUCUUUCUGUGAAGAAUUUCUUCCUAAUGUCCAGCCUAAACUUCCUCUUAAGACUGGGGAAGUCUUAACUUCCAGCUUAAGACUAGUCCUCUUGUCCUGGCAUUGGUUACCUGGGAGAAGAGAUCAGUCCCCACCUGUCUUCACCCUCCUUUCAGGGAGUUGUGGAGAGUGAUAAGGUUUCUCCUGAACCUCCUCUUCUCCAGGCUGCACAACCCCAGCUCCCUUAGCCUCCUCAUGGGAUUUGUGCUCCAGACCCUUCACCAGCCUUGUUGCCCUUGUCUGGAUGCAUUUGAGCAUCUCAAUGUCCUUCCUUAACUGGGGGGCCCAGAACAGGACACAGCACUCAAGGGGCAGCCUCACCAGUGCUGAGUACAGGGGCAUGAUCUCAACCCUGGUCCUGCUGGCCACACAGGCCAGGAUACCUUGGCCUUCUUGGCCAUGUGGGCACACCUCCCCACAGGAUAGACCUGCCUGUGGAAAGCUCUGUUCUAGAUGGAAAUUAUUUCAUCUUUUGUUUUAUUUUCUUGGCCUUUGUCUUGAUGUGUAAUAUUUUUCUGCUGUUGUAAGGAUGGAAAAGAUGGGUAUUUUCAAAUUAGUCCUGUCAGUCGAAAUCGAACCUUACCAUAGAGCAGAAUUUUUUAGAUCUUUCUAGACUUUUAUGAAAACCCUUACAGAUGUUUGCUUUUACUCUAUCCUCUUGCAUUGUGAUAUUCUCUUGGCAUAAGAACAUUCCAGUUAAGUCCUACUGUUGUAGCUUCCAGGUAGAUACCAAUCUAUUUUCUUUCGGAUUUCUUUGGAGGUUGUAUCUAUGCGUACCUAUGUAAGGACUUCUCCCUAAAACACUCAGUUGCAGAAAAGGGCUUUAAAACCCCAUUAAGCAGAUAAUGUCAUUAGUAAUACUACAUGAUGUUUUAAAACCUUUUCUCAUUUCACUUCUCUGUGAAAUCUUUUAAAAUGUUCUGAUUAAAAAAACCAAAAACCUAGAACUGUGUAUGUGACACCACUGAUGACACCUAGACUUGUGUGCUACUUUAAAUGGAUGAUACUAGUGCUGGAUUCUGGGGAUCUCUCUCAUGAUCCAGCAUGUGUGAACUGGUUUCAGAGUUUGGGGAAGAUGACGGUGAUGAUUAUUUCUUGAGGUAAUUCCAUGUAGGCUGAAUGGUCCUACAGCCACUUUGCAUGGGACAUCUGGCAUAUUUGAGUGGUGAUGUCAGUUUUCCAGUCAAGAGUUAUCACCAGUCAUUCCUCAUCCCGUGGUCACAAUGCCUUUGGGAACUGAAGAAUUCUUUGAGAAGCCUGGAUGACUGGUGAGAUGACAGAUGAAGACAUGGCACAGGUCUAUGCCUUUGGCAAGAGGCUAUAAAGCUUUGUCUGGAUUUGGGCAAGGGGUGAAGAGAUGCCUUAUGAUUGAUUCAACCUUCUCUGAUAAUGCACACACCACCGUGCAACCUAGAAGUGUAGAUAACAAAGACACUGCUUUAAAGACCUUUCUCAAUUCAAGAACUCUUAAUUCACGAAAUAGAGCUGGAUAAAUUGCAUUUUUUACCAUUAACAAUAUUAUUCAACUUAUAUUGGAUUUGGGGUUGUACCACCGCAGGUUUUAUGUACUUAAUUUUAUUAAGGAAUUUUAUACCUAUUAUAUAGGCAUCUAUUAUUUUCUUGUCUGGCUUGCUAUUUGAUAUUCUAAUGCAGUACAUUCAGUGGCGCUGGACUCUUUCAGAAAUUAUACUGGUAAUUCCUGGUGCCUUAGUAAAAAAGUGGGUACAUAACACCUUGGUGGAAGGUAAAGCAUGUGACUUGUUUCACCCCAGCAUGAUAUACAUAUUUCUAUAAAGGUGAUUAAGAUGGCUGCCCCAAAAGAUUUUGGGAGUAUACCUACAUCACUUGGUCACAAACAUCUGAAUAUGAGCAAUUUUUAUGACUUCUGGUAUGUACAGUUUGACUAGAUAAGCCCAGUACACUUAGACCACAACUUUGAAAGAUGGCAAUCAAAUAGCUGGAUAUGUAACUUCUUACACAGAUGCCCUUGACAGCCUGACAAUAGCUGCUGGUUAGGAAAUGGAGAGGGGAAUAUAGCAUAAACGAGAGGAUGGCUUUGGUUUUUAAUGGACAAUGAAAAUAUAUAUUUCCUCUACCAGCAAAAGGUUACCUUGCCAGGGAUAGGGAUAUAUGUACCUGCGUGUCUGUGAGUGUGUAUGUGUCUGCGUGUGUUAUUGGAAACAGCCUGUAAAUAUUGUAGCUGUUUAAAAUGGAAAAGGCAGAGAGUUUUUUUGCAACGUGUUGCAGCAAAAGGACAGUAUUGACAGUGGAGAAACACUGAUAAAUAAACGAACCUUUUUUCA